CCUUCUCUCGCUCCCCCUCGCCAUUACCCCUCUUGCCAUCCCCUUACCCCCCCGUCCCGCCAUGGCGGAGCGGGUCGCCCCCACGCCACCUCGACCACCUCCACCUGGGCCCCGGCCGACCACCACAACCCCCCCAAUCGACCCCACAGACGGCAGACCCUCCCUCCCACCCCCUGCCCCCAUCAAACCCAAUCCCCUCCCCCGCCGCCCCACGGAGACCUACGUCGUCCAAUUCCCCAAGGAGCAAAUCUACCGCGUGCCGCCGCCGGAGAAUGCCAAGCUCGUCGAGCAGUAUCGCAACAACCACAACAACCGCCACCAGCGGCGGCCCAUCGUCCCGUGCCUCAAGUGGACCAUCGGCAUCGCCCUCGUCCUUUCCAUCCUCGCCGCCAUCGUCGCCAUCAUCUACCUCUUGGUCGUGGGACCUGCGGACCCCUCCUUCUCUGUCUCCCGCCUCGUGCUGAGGAAUCCAAAUCCUCGAGCCGGCUCCCCCUGGAAGCCCGAGUACCAUUUCACCAUGAGGGUCGAGAACCCGAGCUUGCGCAUGGGGUACUCCUACGGCGCCGGCGGGAAGGCCGUACUCGCCCACGACGGUGCAGACAUUGCAGUGGGAAAGACGAAGGCGUUCGAUCAGGGGUACCAGAACACAACCACCUUCCAACUUGUCCUCCGGAGAUCGCGCAUGGUGCUACCAAAACAGAUCCAACGUAGUCUAAAAGGGUCGAAGGACGUCAUCCCCAUGUCCUUGGUGAUCGAAUUCUCGGUGGGGAAGACCAUUGGUGGGAUGGUGAUGGGAAGCAAGAACAUGGAUGUAACGUGUGACAUUAAGGCCAGUGGAUUGGCGAAGGAGGCCCGUGUCGUGUCGCAGGAGUGCCAGACCAAGUUCACGUGAGGAGGGUGGUGGUGGAAAGCUCGAACAACGGAAGAAGAUCUCAUCUUCUUAUGUCUUUUCUUUCUGUUCUUUUGAUUGCUGCUGCUUCUUCAUCCUCUUGAUUCUUUUAAUUAGGAUUGUACCGAAAAGAAUUAUGAGUUUGAUAAAAAUGUACAUGGGAUAGAAAUAAAUGAUUAAGUGGGUUACGUACUCUCCGUCAAUGAUAUCUACUACUGAAA